GCGCUGUAGUUGAUGAAUCGAUUCAAUUGCGAUUCUUCAAUCCAAAUUUUACCAUCUCAGCAGACGAUCUUCGCGAUCUAAUAGCAAAUGCCAACCUACCAAGUUUGGGAUACAGAAAAAUCACUGAAAGGAAGACUGAAACAGAUUUUGAAACAGGUUUGUUCGAUCAUUAUGUUCCAAAUGGCAUCCUUAUUUUGCAAUGGGACUAAUAUUUAACCAACAGAAAGAUAUUCAGCACUAAUUUGCUUAGUGGCACUAACGGGCUGUCCCAGACAUCGCAAGAUUUUGAUCGUUCGAGUCCAGUUCUAGUUUUCAUAGUUCGGGUUUUGAUUGGCAGUUUAAGUUUUCGCUAGCUCGUGGCAAAAGGUAUAACACGAAGGUCCAAAUAUGGAUCUCUCGUCAAUCAGUCGGAAGGUUAGCUCCAUUUACGUUGUGUUAUUUCUCGGAAAGGUUGCAGUAUUAUAGGGUUCCUUUCAUCCCGAAUAUUGGUCUCACAUAUAUUUAAUAUCUCUAUUCUAUAUAAUAAAAUGUAAAAAAAAGAAAAUAUGUAAAAAUGAUAAUAAAUUAUGAUACAUUCUGAAAUUAUUUUGACGUCACGUCAGCCACCAACCCCCCCCCCCCCCCCCCCCCCGACAACGAUCUUGGAAAGCUAACACGGAAAAUAUUUUUGACCAUGCGGGCACAAUGGGAAAAGGUCAGAAAAAUUUCUUUGUGCCCCCUAAUUUUUCCCUUCCCGCACGCUUAUGCCUAACAUUGCUAUUAAUCCACAAUCACAUUUAUUUUUCCUUUCAUUACAAUUCCCGCUCCAAAUACACGUGAUUAUGAAAUCUUGCUUCCUGCAAUACUUGUCGUGGCCUUUCACCUUACACAGUUGUCGAUCGGCUUUUUUCCAAUCAGGUUUCCCAGUCUUCCAAGAAACAGUGAGAUUCUUGAAAGAAAUGCCCUGUGGUGAGGUCCCGAAUAGUGAGAAGAUGUUAGACCAGUUGUUUCCGGGAGCGUUUGGUAAAGACGUAACAAACAAAAUGAGAUUUGAAUUCCAAGAAAGAAAAAUUUCAAAAUUCAAGAUUUGUCUUGCCGGGAUAGAAUUCCAUUUCAAAAAAUGCAAGUUCGGAAGGAGAUUAAGGCGUGGCGCAAGAGGUCCGAAAAGGUAUUGCGAUGGAUGUGGUGUAUGUGACAUUGCGAUUGUCAAAGAUG